CACAGGCACUUUACCAUCCUCACCUCACCAAUGGAGCUGCCAUUCAGUAGAAAUGGAGGAAACAAGGAGUGUCAGUUAGACAUGGCAUCAUAAAGAAAGACGAAACACUGUCAUUUAGGUUGAACAGCAUGGAAAACUCCUCGGAAUGGAGCAACAUUUCACUCGACUCUGAUUUUGAGCCCUGUGCCACGUUGAGGAGCUCCGGUUCGCGAGUCGCCCUCUAUGUCUUCAUCAUCGCUGGGAUCAUCUGCACCGUUGUCGGCAACUUCCUGGUGGUUCUCGCCAUUGCUUACUUCAAACAGCUUCAGUGCCCUACAAACUCUUUCGUCAUGUCUCUGGCUGUUGCUGACUUCCUGGUGGGCCUGGUGGUUAUGCCAUACAGUAUGGUCAGAACAGUGGAAGGAUGUUGGUAUUUCGGCCCAACCUUCUGCCAUCUUCACUCCAGCUUGGACGUUAUGCUCUGCACGGCCUCCAUCUUCCAUUUGAGCUGCAUCGCUUUUGACCGCUAUUACGCCGUCUGCAACCCUUUGGUGUAUUCGUUUAAAAUGUCCCGUAAACGUGUGGGUCUGCUGAUUGUGGUUUGCUGGGCCAUUCCUUUCCUCAUCUCUUUCGGUCCAAUCCUCCUCGGGCUGCACAAACUUGGCAUGGACAUUCCUUUGCCUGAGAACGUGUGCAUCUUCUUGGUGAACCGCGUUUACGCCGUUAUGGCGUCCCUUGUUGCGUUUUACCUGCCUAUGGUGACCAUGUUGGUGGCCUACUGGAAAAUCUACAAAGCGGCAAAGCGUCAAGCCAUGCAGAUAAGUGCGAUGGAGGCACAGAUGGCGGCAGGUGUGGGCAAGGACUCGAGCAAGAAACAAAAACACCGGAACUCUAUAAGGAGGGAAAGAAAAGCGGCCAAAACUCUGGGCAUAAUCAUGGGGGUUUUUCUUCUUUUCUGGUUGCCGUUCUUUACUGUUAAUAUCGUUGACCCAUUUAUUGAGUACGGGACUGCUGCUGUGAUAUGGGACGUGUUCCUGUGGUUGGGGUAUGUCAACUCCUCCCUAAACCCUUUCCUCUAUGGUUUCUUUAACCGAUCCUUCCGUAGGGCUUUCCUCAUGAUCAUGGGCUGCAGAAUAUGUCUGCAUGGCACAGCUCAAGGAAUGGACCUCUCUCACUCGAAAAGAGAUGCCUCUGAGCGCACUGACAACCAGUAGACUGUUUAUCUGUGGCAGAUUAUCUGUUUUCAUAAAAUAUCCCAAACUUGUUCCUGUCCAGCCCAUAUGGCAAAAUAUGUGUUUUUUUUUUUUUGCUCAAAAUAUUGUUCAAAUGCAGACUUUAGUGUCUUUGUUAGUGCGCCUGCCUCCCAUGCCAGAAAUGCCGGCUCGAAUCCUGCAGGGCUGCGUUUCCCAAAAGCAUUGUUAGCUAACUAUGAUUGCAAGUUCCAUUGAACACUAUUGGUAACAACAGAACUUACAAUCAUAGUUGCUUUUGGGAAAUGCACCCCAGAACAAUUGAGGUGAGGAGAACCAGAAAGGUUAUACUGGUGCCGUGACCCAGAUGGGAGUGAGGUUUAGGGAUGUGAGUUUAACGGAGGCCAGCUAACAAGAGCUGUGCAGGUAAACCUCACUUCCCUGAUCUCAAAAGUGCGCACUAGUGACUGACACUAGAGGCUGUGUUCUUUAGCGUCCUUGUUAACGCACAAUAUUUAAAUUAAUACAUUUUUUUAAUCUGUUUCAAAUUAUAUAAAUAUACGCUGUUUUAUAUACA